AUGGCGCCCGACGCUCUGGAUUGCCUGAUCUGGCUUGCCGGCGGAACUCCCCAUGCCAAAGCCAGAGCACAUGUCGAGAAGAAGAUGACAAAGAAGAAGCAGAAGACGAAGAAGGACGACAAGAAGGGGACAACAGCCAAUGAGAAUGAGGACAAGCCUCCUUCCACGGCAUCCUCCCCACUCAUCCAGGAAUGCCCUCCCUCGCAGGUUUCGGGUGCCUCGCAUCACGGUCCGCCGCGUCCCUCAGGUGCGUUGGGUUUCUACAACGACCCCCCGGCAUCAGUUCAUUCAAGGUCCCACCGCUCAGAUGCGGACUCGAUCCGGCCAGAGUCGUCUGUGUCUCAGCGCUCGGCGAGGGCAUCGUCUCAUUAUUCCGGGUCACGCCAUUCUGGGUCGCGGCACUCGGUGCAUGAUGCUUCCCGAUCUGCUGGCCCCUAUCUCAGCCCAGAACUUGUCCCGGCCUACAGAGGGACCCGAGACGUGAUCCGCGUGCUGCGCAAGGCGAUCGACAUUCUCGAAAAGCAAGCCGACUACGACGCGGCCGUUGAGAAGCGUCACUUUGACUGA